UCGCUGUAGUUUUUGCAGUGAAACUUGGAGCUCAGCAUUCUUCGAGAGUCCAAGGCUUUAUCCAUUAUUUAUUUUCUCGCAGGUCUGGCUGUUGAUACAGAAGCGCACAGCAGAGAUCGGAGGAGUAAGCGAUGGCCCUGGCGAUGGUGGUGGCGGGCUCAUCCCUUUGCGGCGUGCCCUUGCGGCACGAGGUUUCGGUCACCAGAAUAGGGUGGGAUCGGAUUAAGAGAAGCCAUAGCCAUGGGCAGGUAGUGAGGAUGGCAGCCAUGGACGCCGGGAAGGCCGUGCCGUAUGCAAGCUAUGCUGUCCCGUUGGAGGCGUCGAAGGAGCAGUCCCUGAUCACGAGGCCGCUGGCCGAGAUCAUGCGCGAUAUGAACAAGCGAGUGCCGGACAAGGUGUUGAAGACGCGGAGUGACGAGGGAGUGGCGCUGAAGUACAUUCCGUGGUACCAUGCGAACCGGAUGCUGAGCUUCUACGCGCCCGGGUGGUGCGGAGAGGUGCGGAGUAUCGUGUUCUCGGCGGAUGGUACGACGGUGUCUGUAGUUUACCGGGUGACGAUACGGGGAAUUGACGGGGAGAGCUGGCGGGAGGCCUCAGGGACGGCAUCCGUGUCUGACUCGGCGUUUGGUGACCCUGUGCAAAAAGCCGAAGGUAUGGCCUUCCGUCGCGCGUGCGCUCGGUUUGGGCUGGGAUUGUAUCUCUACCACGAGGACGAGGUUCUUUGAUAAUUAUUUUUGAAGAAUGAACAACAAUUGUAAGGGGUCUGGAAGUACUUGUGCAUGAGGUUUGGAGCAGAGGGCAACUGACUGGCGGAUUUUAGAAUAGGGUCAUGCGGUCUGUGUGAUGAGUUCAGGAGUUCUUACAAAUGCAAAUGGCUAUAUUAGGAUGUAUGUGGAAACGAGUUCGAUACUCUUGUUUUUCAUAGCUAACUCAGUGCUUAUGUCCUUGAGCAACUAGUGUGGCAUAGUAGCAGUCAUCGCUAUCCAAGAUGUAUGGAUAUUUGGUAAGUUAUCUUCAUGCCCGGGGGUACCAUUUCGAUGAAUGGCAAUAUCGUGCGCAGUCCCCUUCCGUAUGUGUUCCGAUUGCGUUGGUAGGCAUAAGUAAGUUUGUCAUUAGAGUUAGGACGUAUGAGCAGACCGGGAGUCGAUCUACUGGUGGUAGACGAUGUCCUGAGCAAUAAGUGCCACUGGCAAACUUGCCUGGUUUCUGAUCUUGAGCUGUUUAGGUUCUUGCCAAUUCUACUUUUUAUUUUUCUGACCAAACCUUCUAUCAUGCCUCGUGAUAUGCGUUUUGUACACUAAAAUUUAAACUUCAAUAACAUUAUCUAAAUUUAGACUCGCAAUGAGGUUCAAAUGCCGUGUAGGAUCUGUCGAAGUGGCAUACAUACAGUUCUAUUUUACCCAGUCUGAUAAAAGUGCAUCACUAAGUGAUCAGUUUAGAGGGAGUAGGAUAUUGGAAAUAGUGUGAUUCUAGAUUAGGUGAGAAAUAUUUUUUAAAUUGAUUUUGAAAGCUUUGAAGUUAAUGAU